CAGACGGCAGGAUUGGAAUCCACUAGCUGCACCCAGCUCUCCGAGGCAGGGUUGAGGGCAGAGGGAAUGUCACCCCUCCUGGCUCUGGGGCUCCUGGUGGCUGGGCUGUGCCCUACUGUCCACUGCCUCCCGGGGGGCGUGCUUGACGGGGAGAAUGUGACCCAGGAGGACCAACACAGCAGGACGCCUGCGGACAACCUCAGAUUAACCUCCAGCAACAUCGACUUCGCCUUCAGCCUCUACAAGCAGCUGGCUUCAGAGACCCCCAGGAAGAAUGUCAUCUUCUCCCCGCUGAGCGUCUCCAUUGCCUUGGCCCUCCUGUCGCUGGGGGCCCGCGGCACCACCCUGAAAGAGAUCCUCGAAGGCCUCAAGUUCAACCUCACGGAGACGACCGAGGCAGAAAUCCACCAGGGCUUCCAGCACCUUCUGCGUGCCCUCAGCCACCCCAGCAACCAGCUGCAGCUGAGCGUGGGCAACGCCGUGUUCGUCGAGGGUCAGCUGAAGCUGCUGCACAAAUUCAGGGACGAUGCCAAGUCUCUGUACGCCUCUGACGCCUUCCCCACCGACUUCCAGGACUCCGCCGCCGCCGAGAAGCUCAUCAACGACUACGUGAAGAAUAAAACCCAGGGGAAAAUUGAGGAUUUGGUCAAGGACCUUGACAUGCACACAGCCAUGGUCCUGGUGAAUUACAUCUUCCUUAAAGCCAAGUGGAAGACGCCGUUUGACCCUGAAGAUACUUUCCAGUCCUGGUUUUAUGUGAGAAAGAACAAGUCAGUGAAGGUGCCCAUGAUGAGCCUUGAGGACCUGACCGCGCCCUACCUCCGGGACGAGGUGCUCUCCUGCACCGUGCUGGAGCUCCAAUACGCCAGCAACGACAGCGCCCUCUUCAUCCUCCCCGACGAGGGCAAAAUGGAGGCCGUGGAGGCCAUGCUGUUCCCGGAGACCCUGAGGAGGUGGAGAGACUCGCUGCAGAUGAGAUGGAUAGAUGAACUCUAUCUGCCAAAGUUUUCCAUCUCCAGCAAGUAUAAUCUGGAAGAUGUACUCCCCCAGCUGGGCAUCAGGGAAGUCUUCACCAACCAGGCUGACCUGGCAGGAGUCACAGGAGCCAGGAAUCUGGUGGUUUCCCAGGUGAUCCACAGCACUGUGCUCGAUGUGGCCGAGGAGGGCACGGAAGCAGCUGCUGCCACAGGAAGCAAAAUUACUUUCUUGUCCGGAAAAAUGGGCCCACUGACCACUGUGCGUUUCAACAGGCCCUUUCUGUUAUUCAUAAUCAGCAAAGACACCCAGAGCAUCAUCUUUGGGGGCAAAGUCGCCAACCCCAAUCAAGCCUAGAGCUC